GCGGAGAGUGCUGGUUGCAGUGCAACUGCAGGCGCACAAACACAAAACAGUGUCGAGUAGAGAGAGAUAAGAAUAACUCAACUGAAGGGAGUCAUAGUGAGGAAAAGAGAGAAUCUGACACACACUAAAAGGACAAAUGCUGUGCUGUGGACCAGCAUUCCAACACUUUACUUCUUCAGUUGGUCUUUUUUUCAAGGCUGAACUCUUUCAUCUUUGAUUAAUUUCUUAUAAAUUUACUUUCUUCAAACAGUUUAACCUGGGAAUUUGAGAUUUUCAGGGAGAUUCGAGGCAAAUAAACCGACGUCAGAUUCAACAUAAGCAUUUCUCGUAAAUAUCUCUGCAUAUUUUCACCUUCUUUCAUUGUCUUACACUUGAAGUUGCAUUAAAUAUAAUUAGUUAGAUUCGUUUAGGGUUUGCAGAGAGCUGAAAAGCGUGUGCCAAAGCACACACAGAGUGGGGAGAGGCAAUUAUUAGGGAGCUGGACCAAUAUGCAGGCUAUGGAAGAGAACUAACAUGAAACUGUCGGUUGUUCUGCAAAACUGGUCUUCUCUAUUACUCACCGCUGCCUUUUUUUAGUCUUCUGAAUACCAAUAAGAAUCCAUUGUUCCUUUGUAGAUGGAUUUCAUGUGGCUUGAUGGGUGGUAGGAAACACAAUUCUCUCCCAAAUCUUUGUCCUUUUAGCGUCUUUAGCUCUCUUUCUUGUUUUAACGAACUUCCCUUAGUCUAAUUAGAUUCUAGAUUUCCCUUAAUCAAUGCUUUAAUAAACCCUUCUUUGUAUUUUCUUGAUGCUGCACUUACUUUCUUCUUUCUUCGAAUUUACCGUCUUCACUGCAUCAAGUUGAGGCAUUUGGGGCCCAUAUCUAAGCUUCAUCUCCUGUUUCAGUUUCAAAGAUGUUUCUUUUCUUGUUAUAUGUUUUGGGUUUGUCUGAAUUGAACACUUAUAAUCCAUCUAAUCUCCUUGUCCAUCUACUGCUUAAUCUUUUGCUUACGUAUAUCUAAUAGGGUUGUUGUUAGUGAAAAUGGGUUGGUGGGUUUAGCACCAAGAACGUCAAAAUCAGAAACAAGACAGCCGAAGAGAAAAAAAUUUUGAUCUUUGGUUAGAUUGAUCAUAAUUUCUUUGAUUAAGUGGUUUCUUAGGUUAGCUGGUGUAAAUUAGGGUUGAAAAUUUUAGGAAGAGAUCAUCAAUGGAUGCAAGAUGAUGAUGGUGGUUUAAGAAGAUCCUUUUAUAAAGGGAUCGAGGCGGCUGAGGUGAAAUCGAGAAGAAGAUCAUAAAUCCAGAUUAAUGGAACUGAGAGACCAAGAUGCAGAAAUAGGGAUGCCGAGUUCUUUGGUUUAUAACAGGGCUUCUUCUUCAAAAGUCUCAUCAGCAACAAUAAAUUCAGCUGGGGGAGAAGCCAGAAGAGAUCAUGGUGAUGCUAUCUUCAAUUCUCCUCGAACCCUAGAUCAGCAUCCUCUUCUUUUUUCGCAAUUGAAUCAGCAACAAAAUUUUCAUAAGCAGCACAAAAGAGAUCUAGAUGUUGAUUCAGAUCCAGUGCCCACCGGAGAUGAACAAGUAGCUAGCAGAUCAAUCGUGGCAACCCCCAGACAAGCACAGCCACCGCAAGCACCACUGCAAGCAGUAGCUACGGCCAUCGUGCCGUCGAUCAGAUACCGAGAAUGCCAGAAGAAUCACGCUGCAAAUAUGGGAGGUCACGUGAUGGAUGGCUGUGGAGAAUUCAUGCCAGGCGGUGAAGAAGGAACCGUCGAAGCCUUAAAAUGUGCAGCUUGUGAAUGUCACCGGAAUUUUCACCGGAGAGAAGUUGAAGGCGAACCACAAUUUUAUGCACCCACUAGAAACAACACAAGUACAAGAAACACCAUGCUUCUUCAUCAUCAUCACCAUCAUCAACAGCCACUACAAUAUCAGCCUCAUCAUCAAAGAUUCCCUUACAAUAAUCCCGCAACGACUGUUUAUGCACCCAUGAUGAUGAACUUCGGCGGAGGCGGCGGGGGAAACAGUGGAGGGGGCCCAGCAGAGUCUUCAAGUGAAGAUCUCAAUCUGUAUCACUCUAACACUGCUGGACAAACAUCAGUCGUGCCACAGUCAACGAGGAAGAGAUUUAGAACCAAGUUCACUCAAGAACAAAAAGAUAAAAUGAUGGAAUUUGCAGAAAAAUUGGGAUGGAAGAUGCUGAAACAAGAUGAUGAACAAGUGCGGCAGUUUUGCUCUCAUGUGGGAGUAAAGAGACAAGUUUUCAAAGUCUGGAUGCAUAAUAAUAAACAAGCUUCUAAGAAGAAGCAAAAUGAAGAAUAAAUUACAGAUAAAAUCCAUUGAUCACUUGUAAUCAUCUUCUUCAGAUAUAAUAUUAUUUACUGCAAGAUCUUUCUUUCAUUA